GGGGCGGAAAAGGGCGGUUGCGGGCGGAGGCGGAGAACCGAGCGCUGGCGGAGGAGGCCCCGGAGAGGCGGGCGGGCGGGUGGCGGAGCCCGGCCACGGAGGGUGCAGCGUGAAGGCGGCUCUGCAGACGGCGUUAAGUAGGGUCCGGGCGCCCCCGUCCCUCGCCGAGUGGACCCUGGGUGAAGAGUCAGCGGAUUCUGGCAUAAAAGAUGACAACAGCGGCUAGGCCAACUUUUGAACCAGCAAGAGGUGGGAGAGGAAAAGGAGAAGGUGAUUUGAGCCAACUCUCAAAGCAGUAUUCAAGUAGAGACCUACCCUCUCAUACAAAGAUAAAAUAUAGACAGACCACUCAGGAUGCCCCUGAAGAGGUUCGGAACCGUGACUUCAGGAGAGAGUUGGAAGAGAGAGAAAGAGCUGCUGCAAGGGAGAAAAAUAGAGACCGUCCAGCCAGAGAACAUACAACCUCCUCUUCAGUGUCAAAGAAGCCUCGCUUAGACCAGAUUCCUGCUGCCAACCUCGAUGCAGAUGAUCCUCUGACAGAUGAGGAAGAUGAAGAUGAAGACUUCGAAGAGGAGAGUGACGAUGAUGACACUGCAGCCCUUCUCGCAGAGCUGGAAAAAAUUAAAAAAGAACGCGCUGAGGAGCAGGCCAGGAAGGAGCAAGAACAAAAAGCUGAAGAAGAAAGGAUUCGAAUGGAAAACAUUCUGAGUGGAAACCCUCUCCUUAACCUCACUGGCCCAUCCCAGCCUCAGGCCAACUUCAAAGUUAAGAGAAGGUGGGAUGAUGAUGUUGUUUUCAAGAACUGUGCAAAAGGUGUAGAUGAUCAGAAGAAAGACAAAAGAUUUGUAAAUGAUACACUGCGAUCUGAAUUUCACAAAAAGUUCAUGGAGAAAUAUAUUAAAUAGUACAGUUUUAUGUGCUUAAUUAAAGGCUGUAAAUUGUAAACAAUCUGUCUUUAUUUUGGUUAGUUUGUUUUUUCUCUUUCCCCUCAUCUAAAUUGUGUGCAGGCUUCCCUAAUUCUAAGUUCCAAAAUAUCUUUUUCUUUAUUGAUACCUUAUUUGAUAAGGACUUGGGAAGUGGUUUAACCCAGUUUCCAUCUCUGAAUAUUUCCAGUCAUGUGUUUUCUUUUGAAUAUGGGAAAGGGAAUCUGCUUGUAAUAAAUAUUUUUAAUAAUCUAAAUAACCAAACUGUGUCCGCAGCUUUUUUGUUGAAAUGUAUGCAGCUUAUGAAACAUUGCAUAUUU